AUGAUCUCUCUUGGUAUUGGAUUCUUUGCCAUCAACGCUGCCUCGCUCGUUUUCAUCCGCCGCCGUAUCCCCCUCGCGCCAGCAGUGUCUCACAGGCGGCCAAAAAUCGCAUGGAGCCACCUGCGCAGUUGGGUUUUUGCUUGCGGAUUCACCACUCUCCUUCUGUCAUCGAUGGGCAACUUCACUCCCACGCUUUGGAUCCCCACAUUUGCGGACAACGUUGGCGCGACGAAACCUGGCGGUGUCGCACUCGUUUCCAUCAUGAAUGGCAAGUCCACUACCUUCCCUGUCAUUGACUAA